AUGCCGUCGCGGGCUCCACGUAAUCCGCCGUAUCCUCCCACGUCGAGCUCGCCCGCCGCUCCCCCACAUGCGAACCUGGUCCCCUCGUCGAUCGAGAGGAGUGCUCCCCGUCUGAUUCCCCAAAAUGCGACCGGCUUGCCAUCCAUGAACGCGAAUCCAGCUACGUCGCCGCCGCAUCGCCACGGCCAUUCUCGCUCCAUCAGUCAUCCGUUUCCUUCUCCCUUCGCCGGCGCGGGCAAGAGGCGGAACCGAUCCAUCCCGAAGCAGGACUUUCUGGACUCGGACGAUGAUGAUGACGAUGUCACUUACCUGCCCGACCCUCUUUCGUCCAGCCCGCGCAAGGGCCCGCCGCGCCCGGUGCCAGGCGAGGACAUGACGACGGGGAAGUGCAUGACCUGUAAUUGUACGAUGCGGUGGCCGCGCAACCUCAAGAUCUUUCGCUGUACCGAAUGUCUUACGGUCAACGAUCUCGAGCCGUAUAGGGAAUCGAAUGACUCCAGCGGUCGUGGAAAGGAUGGGAAGCCGCCUGCGCCGGCGAUUCCUCGGAAAGCUAUCUCGCUUUCCGUCGAACGAACAAGGUCCAUGGCCGAUGGAUGCAUCUCGGGAUAUCUCAAGAAACUUUUGGAAACACCCGGUCCGCGAGCGAUUCCCAUAAAGAGCCCGCCGGACAGACCCUUCGUUGGACAGGAUGGACUCUUGUCACUAUCGCCAAAGCAAACGUCCGGGUACUUGUCAGACCCCCGCGGCGUCGAUCCUCGUGGCCGAAGUUCUUCUGCCUCUGGUCGACCUAGAAAUAUGGAUGGAACGAAUGGAAGCACAAACCCCGUAAAACCCAGCGGACAGUCUGGUCCGUUGCAUGCGGAGAGUCGGGAUACUCAGACGAGACCUCGAGAUAUACCCAGAGGCGAUCGGCCAGCAAGGGAACCCGGGCGACCUUUUCCUCCUGAGAGCAAAGACUCGAUGAGCCGCCCUUACAUAUUCAGGGCACUUGAGGAAUAUAUAAUAUCUUCUUUCAAAGGGUGCGAUUGCCUUAAUAAUUCGUUUACAACCUCCCAACAGCCCUUGCAGACCACCAAUGACAACAGCCCUUCCAAGAAAAAACCGGAAGCAACAGCGACACCGAGCCACGCGCACCCGGUAUUUGAGCCAGAUGCGAAAACUCUUCUUCUCGGCGAUUUGGCCGAGAACUCUUCUUGGUGGAUGCACGAUGGUGAAGGGAUUGACACCUCCAGCCACGCCCAUCCUAAAGAGAAACCCUCUAGUUCAUCCCGAGCGGUGAGUUCUAGGAGUCCACGCAUCAACUGGGCUGAACUGGCACAAUGGUACCACUCGAUAGUGACGGCAGGCUCGUCAUGGGUCGAGAAAUGGUCAGAGAUGCAGCCUAGCGAUAUAGAGGGGGAUGAAGACCUGGUGAGGCGGGAACUAUGGAAUGCCGUCGACUUGAGCAUAGUGGAAAGAGAGAUCGUUGAAUCCCGGUUACAUCUGCAUCGCACACUUCUCAAGGCGACUGAGAAUCUUCUGAAACGGCCUCGACGGCCGAUCAAAAAGCCGGAGGAAGUCCGAUUUUUGCUGAUACUAAUGGCAAACCCAUUGCUAUACCCGUCCAGCUCGUCGAUGGCUCUUUACACCACAGCCACCCCGGCCCCUCGGACCGACAGAAGACCCUCCCAUCCCAUGGAUGCGGGUCAGAGACUCGCUCCGCCGGCUGCAAAGCCCGCUUCAUCCAGGCAUCGAAACGGGGGACCGGGCCAUCACUCCGGCAUUGUAAAACGGAUACUCGGACAGCUGGCCAACUUGUCAAACGAUUGCCAUCACUAUCUGGUGUCCUGGUUUUCUCGAUUCUCGCCAGCGCAGUUUGAAAAGACGGUCGAUCUCGUCGGUAGUUUUGUUACCUAUCGCCUGACUCGUCAACAUGGACGGAAGCGCAGCGAAACGGCCCAAAAUGAAGACAACAGCCUGAUCCCCAGCUUCUCUAGCGCGGCCGGAAAUACGCCAGCCGAGCUACAUGCUGCGAUCAACGGGAGAAGUCCCAACAAGCAGAAUAAUGACAAGCGAGAUAAACCCGUUGUUUACAGCGACGAUUGGCAGCUGCGAGCCGCCGCUCGGGUGAUGUCUCUACUAUUCACGGCCAACAAUGCCAACGUUUCGCGAAAAGCGGAUGCAAGCGAGGUGGCAGGCUCGACUACUAAAUACCAACCGCAGCGGCGAGGGCACAUGGUCCCAAUUAGCACAUUCUACAACACUCUACUCGAUUAUUCCAACCUCGUGGCCGACUUUGAGGCCUGGGAGUCGAAAACGGCGAAAUUUUCCUUUUGCCAGUACCCCUUCUUCCUCAGUAUCUGGGCCAAGAUUCACGUUCUGGAGCAUGAUGCUCGUCGACAGAUGGAGGUCAAGGCCCGCGAAGCAUUCUUCAACAGCAUAUUGAGUCGGAAAGCCAUCAGUCAGUACCUUGUUCUGAAGGUGCGACGGGAUUGUCUGGUAGAAGACAGCCUUCGAGGAGUCAGUGAGGUCGUCGGGUCGAGCCAGGAAGAAAUUAAGAAGGGUCUACGGAUCGAAUUUGUCGGAGAGGAGGGCGUUGAUGCUGGAGGCCUUCGCAAAGAGUGGUUCCUGCUCUUGGUCCGGGAGGUCUUCGACCCACACCACGGACUUUUCAUCUAUGACGAAGACUCUCAGUACUGCUAUUUCAACCCGUACUGCUUCGAGUCGUCGGAGCAGUUCUUCUUGGUCGGCGUUUUACUAGGGCUGGCCAUCUACAACUCGACCAUUUUGGACAUUGCCCUCCCACCCUUUGCCUUCAAAAAGCUCCUGGCCGCGGCGCCUCCGACCGGGACCGCACCGCAACUGUUGACGGCACGCUCGCCAUUCAAGUGCGGCCUAGACGACCUGGCGGAAUACCGACCGACGCUGGCCAAGGGUCUCCGGGCCUUGCUGGACUUUGAAGGGGACGUUGCCGACACAUUCUGCUACGAUUUUGUGGCGCAUGUGGAUCGGUACGGAGAGGUGGUAUCGGUGCCUCUUUGCGCGGGAGGGGAGACACGACCGGUGACAAACGCCAAUCGGCGGGAGUUCGUGGACCUGUACGUUCAUUAUCUCCUGGACACGGCCGUCACGCGGCAAUACGAACCCUUCAAGCGCGGGUUCUUCACGGUGUGUGGCGGCAACGCGCUGUCGCUCUUCCGGCCCGAGGAGAUCGAGCUGCUGGUGCGUGGCUCGGACGAAGCGUUGGACGUGGCCUCGCUGCGGGCGGUGGCCACGUAUGACAGCUGGUCGCACCCCCGGCCGGAGACUGUGCCGGCCGUCCGGUGGUUUUGGGACUUCUUUGAGCACACGCAGCCCGCAGCACAGCGUAAGAUCCUGUCGUUCAUCACGGGAAGUGACCGGAUCCCCGCCAUGGGGGCGACGAGUCUCUCGAUCCGGCUGAUGUGUCUCGGCGAUGAUUCGUCGCGAUAUCCGACAGCACGCACUUGUUUCAACAUGCUGGGACUUUACCGAUACGGAUCGCGCGAGCGAUUGGAGCGGAUGCUGUGGGAGGCGGUGUUGAACAGCGAGGGAUUUGGCUUGAAGUAA